AUGGAGGCCUGCAGAGGUUGUGAUGAUGGACCCUAUGCAACAUGCAGCUACAACAUGAUGCAGCAACACCCUGAGCAGUGCACCUGUUUGGUGGAGAAAGAGGCCAUCCUCUACCAGAGGAGGGGUGGGAUCAUUGCUGAGGCAGAUGAUUGGAUUCAGAUACUUAUUCUGAUAGUAGUUGUCCUGAUCUUCAUCAUCUCUGCCAUCAACCUGUCCAUCAGUUAUAAACCUGAGUAUUGUGAUCCUACAGAUCCUAUUUAUGUUCCAAAUCCUACAAAUGCAAAUUGCAAUGCUACUGGUGAUCUUCAGGAGAAACUGAAAUGGAGAAAGGCUCGCAAUAAAACAGAUGACAUCACUCUUAAUGCAGACACAGCCCAUCCCAACCUCUCCAUUGCUGGGGAUAAGAAGAGUUUGAAACACGAAACCCAACCUCAGAAAGUUCCACCAAACCCAGGGAGGUUCGAUUCAACUGUCUGUGUGUUGGGCUCUGAAGGAUUCUCCGCUGAUAAGCACUACUGGGAGGUGGAUGUCACAAGCAGCACUGACUGGGACCUGGGAGUGGCCAGAAAAUCAAUACAGAGAAAAGGAAAACUUUCUCUGUGCCCUAAAGAUGGAUUCUGGGCCUUGGGUCUGAAUGGGAGAGAUUACUGGGCAAAAACAGAUCCGUGGACCCGGGUCAUGGUGCAGAAAAAGCCAAAGAAAAUUGGAGUUUAUUUUAGUUACCAAGAGGGGAAGGUGACUUUUUUCAAUGUAACUGAUAUGUCUGUGUUGUUCACAUUUAAUGAUUGUUCAUUCUUAGGAAAUGUUUAUCCAUUCUUUAAAAAUUCCCACAAAGAAACAAUAAUGAGAAUUUCUUCAAUUAAAGAAGAGGACUAAAUUUAAAAUGGCUGUGAUGCUCAGUUUUGUUGACCAAACUAAUCCCAAAGACUCCUGAUGCAUCAUGGCACUGUUGACCAAACUGAACCAAAAGUAAGAGAAUGCUAUGCAGCCAGAUGACAGGCAAAGUGGAAAAUCAUUGCCUAUAAAAUUAUAAUUACAUGCAUUGCUAAUGCUACAGGGGUGGCUCCCCAUGUAACAGAUGCAACUUUACUGGAAUCCACAAAACUGAACUCUCACAAACAGAGCUAUUAAUUAGGAAUGAACUUUUUUUUUAUUAUCAACUACUAGUUUAUCUGAAUAAGGCAUAUUAGCAUCUAAGUGUAAGGAAAUAAUAUUGUAUAUUAUACUGAUGUAUCUGUGCUAGACUGUAUAAGCAAUCUUCAAGUCAGGUAUAAAUAUAGGUGAGCGAUGUGCACAGUCAUGAGUAAAUUUGACCAGCUACACUGUUGUCUUCAGAAUGGGCUGGCAAUGAUUGACUCUUCCUUUAUGUAU